AUGCUUUCGCAAAUCGAUUUCGUUUUUGAAAAAUUAGGAGUACCGACGAAAGAUCGAGACGAGCUUUUGUUUACGGCGCUUCAAUCGCACCUAGACGAUGAUGACAAGCUAGCAAGACUGGUUGCUGUGUCCAAACGCGACGAUUCUUCAAAGGACCUUGCGACUAGAAUGGAGCUUAUGCUGAAGUCGCGUGGGAAGAGUCUGGUGCCAGAUGAACUUCUACAAAGUCCGGAAUUGAGCACGUUUGUGGCUUUUGGAAAGCUGUUACAUGAAGAUGAGCAAAACAAAUGGAAAGACGUUUUGCUAGACAAAUUGAUGAGUAAAGAGCCUGAUCUGUUGACACUAGAGAAGAUUUUUGCAAAGCACAGUAAUGGCAUUAACGCGGAAGCUGUGCGAGUAUUAAAACUUCGACUGCUGGGGAAGAUCAAAGAGGAGAAGCUGGAUCAGGUGUAG